GAAGAAACUUUCGUCAAAAUAUAUUUUUUUAAUAGAUGCCUAUACAUAUUUUUAAAAGAAAUAGAGGACUAAUAUUAAUUUUUAAAUGAAAUUAAAAUGGAUACAGUUAAAGAACUCAAAGAACAAAUAAUAAGUAACUACGCAAUUACUUCUUUUAUAAUUUUAACCAGCUUUUUAUGUUCGUUCUAUAUCUUCAAUACAUGUAGAAAAAUAAGAGUUGUAAAACCUGAAGAUAUGAAAAUAUACAAUAAAGACUGUCCAAUUUGCUUUAAUCUACUGACAAUGCCGAUUAGGUCAAAAUGUGGUCAUGCAUACUGCCUAGAUUGCCUUUACACUUUUCGAAAUAAAAAUAGUUGGAAUUAUAGCUGCCCUUACUGCAGAGCGCCUUUAAAAAAAUUACAGCUUAUUGAGAAUGAAGAUAAUAAAUAUUCAGAUUUGACAAAGGAAAUGGUGAAAAGAAAACUAAAACUAAUAUCUGAAAACACAGUAUAACGGAUUAAUUAAACAUAGGAAGAUAUUCUUAUAUAUUAUUAUAAUUUUUAUUAUAGUGCAGAGAAUGAAAUAAAUAUUAACCUAUAAAUUA